AUGAAUCGGACUUACUCACACUGGUCGCGAAACCUGUACAAUUCCUGCCCUCAAAAAAUACUAGCUUCACCCUUACAUGCGUGCAUCAACUCAGUCAUCAGAGGACAAUUCCCAAGAUGGUAUAGGACCACGAAAAAUGCGGACACUGUGCGCCUAGCUUUUGAUCUCUACGAGCCCACCAAACCCUCGAUAAUCACGAAUCCUAUUAUAAUCAUGCACGGUCUAUUUGGGUCCAAGAAAAACAAUCGAACUAUCAGCAAGGUUUACUCCAAAGAGCUUGGAAGGCCUAUUUAUUCAAUAGACCUCCGAAAUCAUGGGAAAUCUCCACAUCGCCAAAAAUUCGACUAUCUCACUAUGGCUGCAGAUGUCGUAAGGUUCAUUAAGGAUCACGAUCUAGGACAGCCAACUCUGAUCGGUCAUUCGAUGGGUGCCAAGGUGGCCAUGACAUUGGCGCUUUUGAAGCCUGAGUCUUUUCGAGAUAUUGUUUCUGUUGAUAACGCGCCUAUUCAAUCAUCGCUUCCACAUGAUUUUAAGCGGUACAUUGAAGGCAUGCAACAAGUCGAAUUAAUGAAUGCGACCAAGAAUAGUGAAGCUGAUAGGAUAUUACAGCACUAUGUUGAAUCUUAUCCAGUCCGGCAAUUUCUCCUCGCCAACGCCUAUCGAACAAAAUCCAAUUCGAUGAAAUUUCAAAUACCUCUAGAAACUCUCGCCCACUCUCUUCCCAAUCUUGGUGAUUUUCCUUUCAAACAACCUACCAACUCUCGAUUCAACCGGCCGGCCCUGAUAGUUCGGGGUACAAAGAGUGAAUACGUGCCAGACGAGUGCUUUCCUGUUAUCGAACGACUAUUUCCCCGUUACAGUGCAACAGAUAUAGAGGCUGGGCAUUGGUUAAUAUCGGAGAAUCCUGAGGCAUUUCUCAAGGCCACUAUUGAUUUCUUAAUGCCUAGAGAACAAAGCCGUUGA